AUGAAUUUUAUAAAUUAUGAUAAAAAUGUAGAUGCUCACAAGAGGUAUAAGCAGUCAAUAAUUCAUGGAAAAUCAACAUUUAUUGUGGAUGUUUUAGUAAUGUUAUAUGCUAAAACAGUCAUUCUUUUGUUUGUCUCAAUUUAUACAUGUAUUUAUAAUGCACUUAAUUAUGAAGCAGAAGUUUUUUAUGAAGAAUGUAAUUAUAUAUUAAAUAAAGAUUUUAAAGAAAUAACUGAAAAAUUAAAUAUAAUAUCAAUCAAACAUGCUAAAUUAUAUAAAGUAAUAUCAUUUUCACAUCAAACAAUUGGAACAUGGACUAAUUUUGCUAUUUUAAAUUCUACAAUAAUGAUAAUUUUUGGAAUAUCUGUUUUUAGAUACUACAAAUCAAAUACUUCAAAUAUUUUUGAUAUGUUACAAAUUUUAUUUCCAAUAAUUUGUUUAAUUUAUUUAGAACUUAUUAUUCUUAAACCAAUAUGUUCUAUGGAUAAACAUCUUAAAAAUAUAAAAAAUACAAUACUUAAUAUUCCAUAUAUAUGGAAUAAAGAAAAUUAUCAAUUACAUGGAACAGCAUUGUCUAUAGCAACAAGAAGUGAUCAUUGUGAAUAUCAUGGAUUAUUUAUGAAUUUAAUACCUUUUAAUGAUAAAACAAUAUCAAUUUUAACUUUAUCUAUUAUAAUUAUAUCUUUACUUCUUGGUGAAGCUGUUCUUUAA